GGCGGCGCCGGGGACGAGCCUCGCUCCGCACGCCCCCGCCCAGAGGGGCCCUGGCCGCGGAGCAGGCGGCGGUACCUUGGACAGAGCCGCCGCGACGCGCCGAGCCCGCCCGGCCGCCGCCCCGGAGCGCCCCGACGAGCAGAACCGAGGCGUGAGGCUCCAUAAGUGCCCCCGAGUGGCUUCAAUUUCUGUCCUCAACAAAAGAUAUCAAAAGAAAUGCAGGAAUGCCUAUCCUAGAAAAAAACAUGCAGAAGAAAGAGAAAGAUACAUGCAGUAAAGAUGAGACAGCAGUGUCAAAACUUCCAGUCCCACCACUACAACAGACCUUAUGCAUGUACCUACAAUGCAUGAAACACUUGGUGCCAGAGGAGCAAUUUAGAAAGACCAAGGUCAUUGUGGAGCAGUUUGGAAUUGCAGGAGGUUUGGGGGAAUCCUUGCAGCAAAUCCUCGAGGAAAGAAGGGAAAAGACAACGAACUGGGUGCUUAACUACUGGCUGGAUGACAUGUACCUCAACAACCGACUAGCUCUUCCAGUCAAUUCCAGCCCAGCAAUUAUCUUUGCUCGUCAGUAUUUCAAGGAUGUAGAUGACCAGCUGAGGUUUGCUGCCAAUCUCAUUUCAGGAGUGCAAGACUAUAAAGCUUUACUGGACACCCAUGCUUUACCUGUUGAUUUUGCUCGUGGACAGCUGUCUGGUCAUCCUCUCUGUAUGAAGCAAUACUAUGGACUCUUUUCUUCCUAUCGUCUUCCAGGACAUACCAAAGAUACCCUCGUGGCCCAGAAAAGCAGUGUAAUGCCAGAACCAGAGCACAUCAUUGUUGCUUGUAACAAUCAGUUUUUUGUUUUGGAUGUUGUCAUUAAUUUCCGUCGUCUCAGUGAGGGAGAUCUUUUCACUCAGUUGCGAAAGAUAGUCAAAAUGGCAGAGAAUGAAGAGGAAAUGCUGCCUCCAAUUGGGCUGCUGACAACAGACGGAAGAACAGAGUGGGCAGAGGCCAGGAUGAUCCUUAUGAAAGACUCUACUAACCGCGACUCCCUUGACAUGAUUGAACGGUGCAUAUGCCUGGUGUGUCUGGACAGCCCAAGCAGGGUGGAACUCAAUGAUACAAACAUGGCACUGCAACUGCUGCAUGGGGGAGGCUACCAUAAAAACGGGGCCAAUCGCUGGUAUGACAAACCUAUGCAGUUUGUGGUAGGAAGAGAUGGCAUCUGUGGUACCGUGUGUGAACACUCCCCUUUUGAUGGCAUCGUACUGGUGCAGUGCACUGAACACUUGCUCAAGCACAUGAAAGAAAGCUCCAAGAAAUUAGUCCGAGCCGAUUCAGUGAGUGAGCUUCCUGCUCCACGGAGACUGAGAUGGAAAUGUUCCCCUGAAAUUCAGGCACAUUUGGCAUCAUCAGCAGAAAAACUCCAAAGGAUAGUAAAAAACCUGGACUUUAUCGCCUACAAGUUUGAGAACUAUGGAAAGGAAUUUAUUAAGAAACAAAAGAUUAGCCCAGAUGCCUAUAUUCAAGUAGCACUUCAGCUGGCAUUUUACAGAUGCCAUAGGAGACUGGUCCCUACCUACGAAAGUGCUUCCAUACGCCGAUUUGAUGAGGGCAGAGUUGACAAUAUUAGGUCUGCUACCGCAGAAGCAUUCGCUUUUGUGAAAGCAAUGACUGAUGACAAGACAGCUCUAUCGGAUUCUGAGAAGAUGCAGAGAUUUAAGGAUGCAAUUGCAGCUCAAACUAAUUACACUAUUCUGGCUAUUACUGGAAUGGCAAUAGACAAUCAUCUGCUGGGGCUCAGAGAGGUGGCACGGGAACACUUCAAGGAACUGCCGGAGUUAUUUACAGAUGAGACAUAUUUGACAAGUAAUCGAUUCAUCCUUUCAACCAGCCAGGUUCCAACUACUACGGAAAUGUUCUGCUGCUAUGGGCCUGUGGUGCCCAACGGUUAUGGGGCAUGUUAUAACCCUCAGCCAGAGCAUAUAUUAUUCUGCAUCUCAAGCUUUAAAGACUGUAAAGAAACCUCUUCAGAUGCGUUUGCAAAAGCUGUGGAAGAAAGUCUCCUAGAAAUGAGUGAUCUGUGCAGUAGAUGCAAUCCUACUAUGGCAAAGCCACUUGCUAAACAAGAAGCAACCACACAGCUGCAGAGUGACCACAAACUCUAAGAGGCUGUGGGAGUUGUUUUCCUGAACCCACCUUAUGGAAGAAACAAUAAUAUAGUUGUUCAAAGGCAAGAUAGUACUAGUAAUAUAUUAGUGUAGAACCAAAAUGUCAUUGUUUUACAUUGUAGCUGACAUUUAAAACCCUGUACAUACUAAACUACCAUUUCUUGCUUGAGAGUCAGCAAAAAAAGGUUUGGUCUCAAAUGGCUGAAAUGAAGGAAGAAGUAUAUUUCUAACCAUAAUUAACUUAUGCCUUUUUAUCACCUAAAAAAUUGAGUAAGUUUGUCUAUGACAUAAAUUAAAUACUAAGGCACACCAAUUAAUUAACACCCCCUGCAAGUAGCACUAAAGUAUUCGCAUCUAUUCCUGCAAGACUUGCAUGUUAAAAAAAUUCAAAAUAUUCCCCUACUGGGAAUGUUGAGAGUGACAUUGUAAAUAAUAGGCUGAUGCCAUUAAAUCUUGAAAAUUUGAAUGUAGAGUAUUUAAUACCACCAUGCUAUUUACUACAUAAGGAAAACAGAUUAUUUUUAAGUGGCCACUGUGUAUUUUCACCAACAGGGUUUAGGAAGAUUACACUAGUGUUUGCGUGUUCCCCCAGUUCAAAAAUGCUGCAGAAAUAAUUUAGCCUUUAUUCUGGUUUGCACUUGCCUCAAGCACAGUCCUGUUCUGAAAGUGGCAUAUUGGAGAUAAGAUCCAUCACAGAGAACUGGGAGAAUUUUGUCCGUAAUGAAUUGACUUAAUUAUUUCUUUCUAUCAGUGUGCAAAAUCCAGUCUGACAGAGAGGCAAAGCACAAAGCAUAAGUGCAAUUCAGUCCUGCUUAAGACCUUUUCUGUUUGCACAGGAACGAAUUUAGUCGCUGUGGUUAGCAGGAGAGUAUAUGCAACCACACAAAAUUAAAGAGCAAUAAAUAAGUAGAAAGAAGAGGCAAACUUGCAAUAUAAGGAAGUCUCCAAGCUAGAGCUAUAAAUACCAGUUUAAGAGUACUGGUACUCAUAUCAGCUUUGCAUCAUCCCACUUGGGAGGAUUUAUAUUUUAUAUUUUUAAAUUGUAGAUGUAGGGUUCAUAUUCUGCAAUACGCAGUAAAUUCAGUCAGGAAAAUACUAGAGUAUCUGGUAACUUCCAUAUUCUGUGAGUGUUACCCUGAGGGUUUUCUCAUUAUCUCUUUUCUUUCAUUCCUUACAAAUCCUUCCAAGGACUGAUAUUUUCAGUUACUUCCUCUUAAGCUGAAAUAUGUUGUCUUGCUUAGGAGUGUUCAGUCACCGUUGUUAGAAUACAGCUUACUGACUAAAGACACUUAGCUACUAGCUCCAGUGCAGAACCUUUGCUAGACAAGCUGGAGCACACUCGGAGGCCUGGCCAGGGACUGCUUACUUGCCUGUGGAGAAGCAGAGACAUCUUUUCUUCCUUUGUAGGCUGAACAAUCACAUGCGUAAGCACUCUCAAGCCUAAAAGCAGAACAGAUUUAUUACAAUAAACUCAAAGCGCAGAACUCUAGAUACAGAUUCAGUAGAUUAUAUGUGUCCAUGUUUAUUUUACUGCCUCUUUGGAGGGGCGUACAUGCAAUUAAGCAGUCUGCUGGACAAAGACUACCCACAACCCCAUCUAUGAAAGCACAGUGGGCCUGAUGAUCAAUUGGAGCAAGUCAGUUGUGUUGGAGCAAAUCAGCUGUGAUGAUUUACAGUGAUUGAGAGUGCAUUCACUUAAAAACGUAUGUGUUUCAUUACUCCAUGAGCUGUGGCUCAAACCAAAGGUGAAAUCUAUUUUUAGAUGUUAUAAAUAAUAUUAUGGCAUUAAAACUGCCCCAAAGUUAAAAUGUAAAAAAAAUUUUAAAAAAAACCAACACCAAAAAAACAAAACAACCCCCCCCCCCCCCCCCAAGAAAACUGUUAGUCAAGCCAGACAUUCACUUAAUGGAUAUACUGUUCAAAAUACGAUUUUAAAUAAUUCCUAUACUAUAAUUAUGAAAAUUACUUUGAAACAUUCCCAGUACUUUUGCUUUGUUCUCAUGUCCCUAAAAAUGCAUUCUACAUUUUUAACAUAAACAUAGCAGUGUUUUGCGUCAUAGAAUUGUAUGUUUAAAAGUUAUAAUCAUAUUUUAAGUGUAUAAAAAUGCCGUGAAUGGUUAUUUAAUUAUUUAUUAAUUUGCUUCUAACAAAAUGUACAAUUUUAUUUUGUAUUCCUAGUUCCAUAGUUACUGAUGCUUAUUUGUAAAUAUUACCCAUGUUUUCAUUUUACUUUUUUUUUGGCUGGAAUUUUAACAGUAGCUUAGACACUGUACUCAAUACACAAUCACUGAGAAUUCAGGCAGAAACUACAGCCACACCUGAAAUUUUAUACCAAUUUAUCAUUAAGAGCCCCUUGUCUACAGCUGCUGUGACAGGUGUUUCAGAUUCUGCAAUACUGGCAAAUACUAACACCAUAUUUUUACUUGAAGAAGAAAACCAUGACCACCCAUACUUCCUAUUGAUUUAGCUAACCAUUCCAUACUUGUAUCUUAGAUACUCACUGCUCUGAGUUUAGCAUUCAGCCUGAAUACCUAAAACUAGCAGCUUCAGUGAAGCCAGUCCCUCCAGGGGAAGGCAUUUGCAUACAUCCUUAACCUCAGCCACUGCCCCUGCUAAAAGUGGGAUCUGCCAAGUGCCUGGCCCUGUUUGAGAAACUGCAGGCUCGGUUCAGGCAUGUUUAAAUUGGAGGGUCCUGAUUAAAUUACAGAUAGAUAAAAUUCAGGGCACAGGGCAUUACAAAUGUCUCCGUUUGCAAGCAUAAGGGACUGUGCUGCUCCUCAAUCAACCCCUACACCCACACAUCAGGGUCCCAUGCUGCAGCUGCACCUAUUUAAGGAUUUCAGGAAACGGGCAGUUUUCUUAGGUUCUUAUUUAAAAUUAUUUGCAUUAUACAAAUGAAGUUCUCUUCUAAGGUUUAAAAAUACACAGUCUAUGCACACGCACUUACGGAAAUUGAAUGUGAAGCCUUUAAAACAUUUCCAACCAGAAAACUAUGGAAUAGACAGUUUGUUAUAAAGAGGGAGAAAAUCUUGAUUGACAAAUUAAGUGUAAUUACAUGGAUGUAACAAGUGGCAAUGACUUAACAAGACCUCUUGGUGAGACCCGGGACAUACAAACCCCCUGCAAGAGAAUUUUGAGGCGGUAAUUGUUUCGCUCUGCCCGUAGGUGUACAUCGUGUGCGCACUGCACUGGGAUGCAGAAAUUAAAAAGGCAAUUUUUCUCAACUUCUAUGCUCAAUGUGUACAAAAGUGAAAGAAACUUGACUUCUUUCUAUCUAUAGUGAUAUAUAGAUAGGCAUAUAUACAUCAUGGCAAGCCGUGGCGGUGGGAGGGCGCGGGAGGCCGGCCUUGCUCCCCACAGCGCCCUGUGGCAGCGCAGCCCAAAGCCUCCUGUAUGCAUUGCAGAGGACAUAAAAAUAUUUUAGCGAUACUUUUAUUUUUAUAAAAUAGUAUAGAUUUAUGAUAAAUGUAAAGGUGUGUUUAUAGCACGUCAGGUUUCUGUUGUGUUUUGCGCUCGACUAAUAUAUAUUUAUCUGUCUAUAUUAACAUAUAUGACCCGAGGUGUGUAUGCCGGCAACAUGCAUUCAGCUUAUGGAAAGAUGGAGCUUUGCACCGCAAAUAAAAAAUC